AUGUCAUCGUUGCCAAUGUAUCGCCCUAUGCCUCGAAGAAACGCCGAAGGGCAGGUUUCUCUUGCCAAAUGGCCUACCACAACAUCAUCUCGCUCGCCCGCAUCUCCUUGGGAUGUAGAUGAUUCUACAGCUCAAACAGUCAGCAGAUUAAAUUCGUACUUUGGGUUUCGCCCGCCAUCAACCUACAGGAAGCCGGUAGCAACCUCGCCUGACCAAGCGGCCGGCUAUUCACCAGAACUUCCGCAACUUUGCCCAGAUCGAACUCCUGAACUUCGGCACGAUACCCCUUCAGAAGCCAGGGCGCGAACGUCGUCGUUCGGCCCAGAGACGCCGCCAAUGAUUUUUGACACGUCCUUUCCGAAUGAACCUCACGUCCAACCCCUGACCCCAGCCCGACACGGCCCUUCCCACCUGCGCUCGUACUCGGACGGCUGCAGUCUCCAAAGCUUUCGAACCGAUUACCGAGCAGAGUCGGAAGUUUCAAAUGCGGAACAAGACUACAAGCAACAUCUACACACUGCGUUGAUGCCUCGAGCUGGAGACAGCCUUCACACUCAAUCAUCUACCCAAGAAACAUCUUCUCCACAUCAUAGUUACACCGUCAACCUGACACGCGAUAACCGAGCUGUAACCCUCUGCUUGACAUCGGGCGCAUCUCCGAAUCCGUCCACCCCAACAAUCACUUGUUUUCGGCAAACCUACCUUCCUCUCGGUGGACAGUAUGCCGAGUUCUUCAAGGCAUCCGAAGCCCUUGCCUUGCUCCAACAUAUGGUGAAUGCCCCAUCUCAACCUACCGUGCCUCUUUCAAGGCGGGAGCGCUCUGAAUUGAUGUUCCGUAUGCGCACAUCGCAGGGUAGCAUGGUUCUAGGUGAUCCAUGUUCCAACGCCCGAGCAUGGACAAGCUUUUUUUCUGCAGAACUCGCUGCUGGAAGGGUCUGGGAAGCUGGCACUAUUAUUUUUCCUUGGGCGAUGCUCCAAAAGCUGAUGAACUCGUUGAACUCCGAGUGCGGUCGAAAAAGAAGAAUGCAAACGAGGAUGGCCACACCCCAUGUCAGACAAGACAUGGAGGACGACUUCGGAUCACGAGCUCAUUUUCAACAUAGUCAAACGGUCGAUUCCCAUCCUGUUUCUCUGCAGUUGACCAACGAGUCUGAGCUCUCGGCAAUAGAGACGGUCGGAGACCGCAACUCAGUCUCUUCGAUGUCUCCUCCGCCUCAUACGCCAACAGAACCCAACCCAGCGGCAAGGAUACCGUUUAUGCGGGACCGGGUAAGAUCACCGGUGUCAUCAGCCAGCCCUAUCCGCCGCAGGCGACAGAACUCUGAGCCGAUCCGGAGAUUAAGUCUGUCCCCGCCGCGCAUUGCGCUGCUCAAGUCCAACCCCUGCCGGCAGAGCUUGCGCCGACUGCAUGCCGCUUCGGCGCCCUCGCAGUUGGUAUUUUACGACUCUAUUCGUACGUGGCCUACAAGUUCGUACCGCUCAAGGGUCAGACUGCCGCCUUGUUCCAAAUUCUUGGAGCUAGCGGCCGCCGACCAUCAGGGGACAAACCCACGCAACCCGAUCGUUCUGUGA